CCACCCCCCUUGGAGAAAUGUCUUUUGGUGCUUUGGCCGCUUGGAAGCAUGAAGCGGUGGCCUCGCCCAAGGAACAAUUCCCUUCAGAGAAGAGCAAGUAGUCAUAAGCGGGCAGUAGCCAGCAGUGCACCCUGCUUGUUUCAGUUUAAACCAUGUCGAAAUCCUUGAAAAAGAUUGUGGAAGAAAGUAGAGAAAAAAAUAUAUUGGAAGUGGACAUGUGUGAGCGUGGUAUAUCAAACAUGUUGGAUAUACCUGGAUUAUUCAGUCUGUCUCAUAUCACACAGCUGGUUCUCAGUCACAACAAGCUCACUUCUGUGCCUGCAAAUAUUGCAGAUUUGAGGAAUUUAGAAGUACUCAAUUUUUUCAACAAUCAGAUUGAGGACCUGCCAACUCAGAUCAGCAGCCUUCAAAAGCUGAAACACUUAAAUCUUGGGAUGAAUAGGCUCAACACUUUGCCCCGAGGAUUUGGCUCUUUACCAGCUCUGGAAGUUCUUGAUUUGACUUACAAUAAUUUAAAUGAAAAGUCCCUGCCUGGAAACUUCUUCUAUCUAACCACCCUGCGUGCACUCUAUCUAAGUGACAACGAUUUUGAAACCCUGCCAUCAGAUAUUGGGAAGCUCACAAAGUUGCAGAUACUUAGCUUUAGGGAUAAUGACUUGAUAUCGCUCCCAAAAGAAAUUGGGGAACUCACACAACUUAAAGAACUUCAUAUCCAAGGAAACCGUCUUACAGUAUUGCCUCCAGAACUAGGAAACUUGGAUUUGACAGGUCAAAAGCAAGUCUUCAAAGCAGAAAAUAAUCCAUGGGUAACUCCUAUUGCAGAUCAAUUCCAACUGGGUGUUUCUCAUGUGUUUGAAUAUAUUCGUUCAGAAACAUACAAAUACCUUUAUGGAAGACACAUGCAGGCAAACCCUGAACCUCCAAAAAAGAACAACGACAAGUCCAAAAAGAUCAGCCGUAAACCUCUAGCAGCUAAGAAUAAAUAAAGUAUCAGCAUAUGCCUUCCUUCUUACAUUCUGUCUUUUGCAUGUGCCUAAAUUUUUAUGUUUUUAUCAUAGGAAACUCUUGUUUUAUAAAGGAAAAGAAAUAAAUACCUCUAUAUCCAUAGGAACCAGAAAAGUGAAAAUUGUCUAAGAUAGUUAAUCCAUUGUUAGAAUUAUUAACCACCUAUUGCUUAAGUUUUACAGACAUUUUAUUCACCAAAAACAACUUAAUCUAUUCUAAAUACAUAUGCAAAAUGCUUCUUUUAAAAAAUAACUAAUUCCCACAGUUGGCUACAUUUUAUUACACCAUGUAUCAUUCAUAUUUUGUUAUCUGUUAUUAAUAAAUACAGCU